AGAACGGGAAAAUCCAGAGUACGCGCUCGUGUGAGUGUAUGUGUAUCCGAUAGCGUGGGGAAUUUUCAAAAUCGAUUAAAUGAACGCGUAUAAGACCGGUUGGCUGUGGCGACUCGCUUGGUCGGCUCGUAUGCGUCAUCUAUCCUAUAAAAGUACGCGGAUGAAUCGUCCUGCUCAGUAAAUCCUCGAGCGCUCUCGCUGCUUAAUCAAGAGAGAUGCAGUUUUUUCCAAUCGCUUUAGUUGCCGUCGCGUUAUGCGGGACCGUAAUCGGUUUUCCUCAGAACGACGAUAACGGUGCGCAAUCGGUACCAACGACUUUAGUGGACGGUUUUGCGUUCGAUGGACCCGCGGACAGACCGCAGACCGUAAACGGAGGCUCAACGAUCCAGCGGCCGUCAACGAUGUCUACAUCUUCGACGAGUACUCCUCCGACUACGACGACGUCCACCGAUCAGGCUCGAUACGAUCAAUGUAUUACUAGAUGUCCAGUGACGAUCGAAUAUAAUCCUGUCUGUGGCACGGACAACGUCGACUACUCGAAUCCAGGAGGAUUAGGUUGCGCUCAGACAUGCGGCAGAAACAUCACGUUGCAGUAUUUCGGACGUUGCCAAACCACGAGGGUCAGGGGAAGAUAACGUUCAUGCCGUUUGGCCGAUUCACAAAAUAAGACUACCCUCGAUCGUAUGUUAUUAUAAUAAAUAUGUAUAAGUUUCGGG